AAAACUCUUAUUCGAAGCUACGACUCUGGGAAGUGUUGGAAGGGGCAUUUGAUUCAGAAUGGGAGGCCUUAUAAGUCUGUCCACGAUUUGGAAUUUUGUGGGAUUUGUGUCAGCCAUAGCUGGCCUGGUUUGCUUUGGCCUCAGCUCCACUUACAAGAUCUCAUUUGGAAAGUUUGGUUUCGGCGGUCUCCUUGUUUAUCUAUUGGUCGGUUUAAUGGUAUGGUGCCUCAUCUUGUGGGGCAAGAGAAUUCGAGUUUCAGAGAAAGUCCAAGGCCCUGUGGCAGCUCUAAUGUUUGAUGUGAUCUGUUUGAUCUCCGUGGUGAAUGACAAACUUGUGCUUGCAAAAUCAGAUGCGUGGAGCAUCAUCUCGUAUGGUUCAUUUGCCUUGAUGUCGCUGUCCAUGUCAAGGAAGUUUGAGCUCGGAUUCGAGACUGGCUUCUCCAGUUUUUUCCUGACAUUGUUUGCCACACAACUUUUCAAAAUCAACUGGAUCCUCUUCCUCAUUGCAUUACUUUUCUCCUCGCUCGUCGUUAUGCUUCGCCAUUACCCAGAAUCCGGAGUAGAGUUUGGUUCCAUCAAUCUAAAUCAUAUGGGUUCUCCAAAUGCAGCUGUAUUAGAAAUUGGCGAUGAAGACAUCUAUGAGGAGAUGCAAGAUUCCUCAGGGAAGGGAGAAGUUUCAGGGCACAGCCUGUUAUCUAUGAACUAUCAGAAAAAUAAUCAAAAGGAGUCUUCCCAGGCUACGCAUCAUUCUGCAAGUAAUGGAGACUUUUCAGAAGGAAGCAUGUUAGAUUGGGACAAAGAGCAAAACAACGAAAAGGAAACUCGUUCGUCUUUUGCAGCUACGCAUCAUUUCCCAAGGAUUGGAGAAGCUUCAGACGAUUGGAACAAUGAGCAAAAUGACGAAGAAGAGGAAGAUCGUUCGUCUUUCCCGGCUGAAUCCUCGUACCAGGAUCACGUUUCAUCUGGAGUCAACACGGUCACAAUCCAAAAUGGCUGGAUGCACAGUUCUUCCGAGCCUGAAUUAAUUUCAGCAGCCGCACCAUGGGAACUCCUAAGAGAUCGUGCUGGCCAUGAUGCCAUACAAUUGAACACGUGGCGAUUGCAAGUUUCUGACGGUAGGCAUUUCACCUACCCGCGACUUAUGUAUGAUCCAUCCAGGCGCGUCUGGUUGUGGCUGGAAGAAGCAGCACUGGUGUUUCGCAUGGUGGAAGAAGCAGACCUAGAACUGACCAUGAGGCCGGAAAUGAGAGUUUCAGUGAAGCCUGAAGCUGCCGAUUCAGGGGAUGACUCGGGGACUUCAUCCCCAACAUCGGUGCUUCAAGUCAGGACAGAUGCAGACGAAGAAGGAAAAAAAGGAGAAGGAGUAGAAGAAGAAGAAGAAGAGCCAUUUGAGGAGUGCCAAAGUGUAACCACGAUGUGAUGUUUCAGGGGUGGGCAGCUUAUAAAGCCGAAGGGCUAGUAAAAAUGGUGGAUCCCCUGAUUACAAAUAUGAACUUGGCAUGGGCGGGAAUGGUAAAGUUGGUGCGCUUACAGAGCACUGAGGCAAGUGCGCUCAGAGCUGGGGAUUUAGUUUCUGGCCAUGACCAGUGACGAAGGCGGUGGGAGGAGGAGGGAGAGGAGAGAGCCAUUGUUCUCCGCCGUCUUGCGCUGGAGCUGGGUCGUCUUCUUGGGAGGAGGAGCAAUGGGUUUGUAAGAACUAAUCAUUAUCUUCAAUCAUUCAAUACUUUUCACCCAUAAAA